AUGAAUAUGGUUGAGACAAUAUUUUGCGUUGGCCUGCCAUCUUGCAUAAUCCUUUUAUCAAAUUUAUUUGUAAUUAUUCGUCUUCGGUCAUAUUUAAAGCAAAUUCCGUCCUCUCCAACAGUAUCCUUCAACACUGCAUCCCUCGUUGUUCACAGUGAAUCAGCGCCAGUAAAAAGUUGCAAAAAGACAAGUUUAGCGAGACUCGCCCAAAGUCUAUCAAUAAAUGAUAAACCAAUUCGAAAAAGGCAACAUAAGAGUCUACGAUAUGCUGACCUUCGAUUAACCCGAAGUUUAUUAGUAGUCACGUGGAUAUUUGUUGCUCUAAAUUUGCCAAAUUAUGCUUAUCGAAUGGUUAUUCAAUUCACUUCGCUUGAUCUCCAAACACCGGCAAUGCGGCGUAUCAGCUUAUUGGUUCAUACAUUAUUAUAUACUCAUCAUGCGUUCCUUUUUUAUUUUUAUAUAUUCAACAGCCCUCAAAUGAAGAAACGCUUAUUGCCAACUGCACUCAAACUUUUGGAGUGUUACUGUUUUAAGACACUCGAGAAUGGAUCAUACUGA